GGUGUUUGGCCGACUUUUAACCCCAUGCUCUCUGCAAAAUGAUGGCCAAGGACAUCGGAUCGGUGGCUCCUUUGCCCACCACCACUUUCAUCGACCACGAGUGGUCCGCCGAGGAGGAGCUGCAGCUGUUCCAUGCCAUGGAGGGCCUGCGCCCGGUCGGGAUCAACAAGCACUUCUACAUGUCCUGCAUCGCCCAGCGGCUGUCCAAGUCCCUGAACCGCGAGAUGCCCAGUGAGCUGAUCUGGCGCCACCUGGGCACCAUGUACAAGCUGAAGGAACUGGACGAUCUCGAGUCGCUGCCCUUCCCCAACGAAGAGCGCGAGUUCAGCCUGCCGGAGCAGGAUUACGGAACGCUACAGACCAAAAAGGCCGUGGAGGGGAACGCCGGCGAGGAGGCUGCAGAGGCGCCGUUGGCGUCCAAUAGUGCCCCAGUUCCAGAGAGCAAUGGCAAAGCUCCUCCUGCUACCAAAGCGCCAGUGCCGGCGAAUCCUGCCAAGGAUUCUGACAAGAAGGCAGUCUCCAAGCCCCAGGAGCUGCCCAAACGUCCGGCCAAGCGAACCCGUGGAUCCAUGUCCAAUGAGUCCAUCAGCCCCUCGACAACUCCGCCGCCGGUGCAAGGCAACAAGCGCCGUCGCAUCUAGGUGCUCCCCACUCGAAAUGGACGAUUGUUAUUUUACCCGUUUAAGUCCACUAGCUUUACUGUACUCUAAUAAAUCAUUUAUUCUUCGAA